AUGACGACGAUGGAGAUGAUGGAGAGGGACGCGAUGAAGACGGUGGCUCCUUGCGCUCCCGUGACUUAUCACCGGCGCGUUCGUGGUGACUUGGAUGACACAUUUCCUAAACCUUAUUUGCCGAGAGCACUUCGAGCACCAGAUAUGGAGCACCCGCUAGGAACACCGGAGCAUAGGCAUAAUGGCCUUAGUGUUCUUCAGCAACAUGUCGCUUUCUUCGAUUUGGAUGAUAAUGGCAUCAUUUAUCCCUCCGAAACCUUCUAUGGAUUCCGGUUACUCGGUUUCAAUUUACUUGCGUCGCUUAUCUUGGCUGCUGGUAUCCACAUAGCUCUUAGCUAUGCUACUCUCCCGGGGUGGAUACCGUCUCCAUUCUUCCCUAUAUAUAUAAACAACAUUCACAAGGCAAAGCAUGGAAGUGAUUCUAAAACAUAUGACAAUGAAGGAAGGUAUACACCAGCGAAUCUUGAGUUGAUGUUUAGCAAAUACGCGAGAACAGUGCCAGACAGAUUGAGUAUUGGGGAACUAUGGGACAUGACUGAAGGAAACCGGGAUGCCUUUGACUUUUUCGGCUGGCUAGCAAGCAAGGUGGAAUGGGGAGUAUUGUAUGCGUUAGCCAGUGACAAAGAAGGAUUCUUAUCAAAAGAAGCGGUAAGGAGGUGUUUUGAUGGGAGCUUGUUUUAUUAUUGCGUCAGGAAUUAUACCGAGAUGAGUGAGUACAGAUCGUACUACUACUGAUGAUGAUGAUGAUCUUGGUUCUUUGUAGUCUAAGGG